AAUUCUGUAUAUUCUGUACUACAAAUAACAGUCCACAUUUGCUAUUUCAGAAACUUUCAUCUGAUCCCUGACCUCCUUUGUACUACUUCUGUCCUCUCACACCAUAGUUAUUUCCCUUCAUUUCGUGCCAUUCAGAAUUUCAAAUCGUGAAUGAACUCCCACAAUUUCUCCUAACUCCCUCUCUUAAUUAGCUGUUCGAGCAGCUCCCUCAAUCUCACAUGGCUGCGAUGGCUUCGCGUUUCCUCCAUCCUCCGGCUCCUAAACAGUACUUACCGAGAACGCAGAAAACCCAUUUUGUCGCGACCUUCAAACUCUCAUUCUCUUCCCGGGUCGCAUCCGGGAUCCGACCCAGGAAUACAGUUUCGUGCGCGUUGAUAAAACCCGAUGGAGGCAGGCUCGUGGAGCUGUUCGUCGAGGAAUCUCAGAGAGAGGCGAUAAAGAGACAUUCUUUGGGUCUUCCCCGAAUCAAGCUCUCCCUGAUCGACCUCCAAUGGCUUCACGUGCUCAGCGAAGGGUGGGCCAGCCCAUUGAAGGGCUUCAUGAGGGAAUCCGAGUUCCUCCAAACGCUUCAUUUCAACUCGCUACGUCUUGAGGAUGGUUCCUUCGUCAACAUGUCGGUGCCGAUAGUGCUCGCCAUUGACGAUGCCCAGAAGAGCCAGAUCAGCGGGUCGAGCAGCGUGGCCCUUAUCGACGAUAAAGAUAAAACUGUAGCUAUUCUCAACGACAUAGAGAUAUACAAGCAUAACAAGGAAGAAAGGAUAGCUAGAACAUGGGGCACGACUGCCCAAGGGCUGCCAUAUGUUGAACAAGCUAUAACUAACAGUGGAAACUGGCUAAUCGGUGGGGAUUUGGAAGUGAUAGAGCCGAUAAAGUAUGAAGAUGGGCUUGACAGGUUCUGGCUAUCCCCUGCACAGCUCCGUGAUGAAUUCUCCAAGAGGAAUGCAGAUGCCGUAUUUGCUUUUCAACUUAGAAAUCCUGUGCAUAACGGGCAUGCUCUCUUGAUGACUGAUACACGCCGCCGUCUUCUUGAGAUGGGUUAUGAGAACCCAAUUCUUUUGCUUCACCCGCUUGGAGGUUAUACGAAGGCGGAUGAUGUUCCCCUUCAUUGGCGAAUGAAGCAACAUGAGAAGGUUCUUGAAGAUGGUGUGCUUGAUCCUGAAACGACUGUUGUUUCUAUAUUCCCAUCUCCCAUGCACUAUGCUGGCCCGACGGAGGUGCAAUGGCAUGCAAAGGCUCGUAUAAAUGCUGGUGCUAAUUUCUACAUUGUGGGUCGUGAUCCAGCUGGAAUGGGCCACCCGACAGAGAAGAGAGAUUUAUAUGAUGCAGAUCAUGGGAAGAGAGUGUUGUCAAUGGCACCCGGACUGGAGCGGCUUAACAUUUUGCCUUUUAAGGUGGCUGCAUAUGACAAGACUCAGAAUAAAAUGGCAUUCUUUGAUCCAUCUAGGCCUCAAGAUUUUAUUUUCAUAUCUGGCACCAAGAUGCGGACACUGGCGAAGAACAAGGAGAGCCCUCCAGAUGGAUUUAUGUGCCCAAGUGGUUGGAAAGUCUUGGUGGAGUACUAUGAUACCUUGUCAUCUCCAGCAGAAAAUGAAAGAGUUCUUCCUGAAGCUGUCUCGGUUUGAAAGGUUUGACGAAAUAUGCAUUCGGAAAAAUAUUGCAUGCUAUAACACUUCCCAUGUGGAUAGUGUACUUGUAUAUAACAUGACGAUUCCUUGAAAGAUCAAGUAUUGGUGUGCUCAGGCGUCCAUCGGGGUUUUAAUCGUCUAGCAAGAUCUCAAUUGUUCAUUUGAUCACAUGUUGUAAUAAAACGUCAUGAAUGGCUUCCUACUGCAGUCAGCCCCAAUAUAUACUACGUAUUUUCUUUAAAUGUCAGCUUGUAAUGGCACUGGAGAUAUUCAUGAGGUGAUUGAAAUGGGAAAAGUUGCAAAUAAUAUCUUUAUGCUUGUUUUGACAUAAAGAUUGGCCCUAGGAAAAAGCCUUUUGUACAACUAUAUUUAUUCACUUUUCGUGUACACCUCUAUUUGGUUUG